AAGUAGCCGCAAAAUCUCGACUAGAACUUAUAAAAGAAAAAGCUUUAGCAUUUGUUGAAGAGCUAACAACAAAAGCAGAAGAGGCUUAUAAAGAUAUGGAAAAGUGGCUUGGAUCCAGGUUUUUGGCAGAAAUGUCCAGUGUUGAAAAGCUGAUUGAGGUUGCACGACAUCAUAUUGAGAGUUCUAGCAAAAUCCAAUACGAAAUUACUUUAGAAGAAACAGAUUUCUUCGUCAGCAGUGAUGUAAAAGUGAUUCCUGACCCUGUUCCUUCACCACAUGUUCCACAUACAGAGACCUCUGGAAGUGGUACUCUAACCAUUUCACAACUUACUACACUUCAUAAGCAGUUUCUACAGGUGGCACCUAAAGACCUUGACUGGAUGUGCAAACUAGAUGAUAUGAAAGGAGUGGAUAUUGGUUCUGUAUUUAGAAAUGACAAGUCAGCAAGAAUGUUUAUACAUUUUAUUGCUGAAGUAGAAAGAAGAGCUUUGAAAGAGAAACUGGAGAAAUGUAAAUUCUUUUCUGUUAUUAGCGAUGGAGUCACAGACAGUAUACUCAAAGCAGCUGCAGUUGUCUAUGUACGCUUUGCAAAUGAAGGAAAAGUCCAUUGCCAGAUUGUUGGGGUUCAACCUGUUCACAAAACUGACGCUUCAACUAUAAAAAAUGCAAUUGAGGAAAUAUUACAAAUAAAUCUUCAACUCAGGCUGGCAAGCCAAGACUGGUCAAGAAAAUUAGUUGGGUUUGGAAGUGAUGGGACAGAUGUCAUGGUAGGAGAAAACAGUGGGGUAGCUAAACUUCUGAGGGAAAUUCAGCCUUGUGUACAGUCUGUGCAUUGUUUCGCUCACCGCCUAAAGCUGGCUUACAAAGGAGCGCUGAAAAAUAUUAAGCUAUACAACAUCUUAAGCAACGUCUUGAGAAAUAUGUAUUACUUUUAUCAUAACUCACCUCUGAAUAAGAAUAAUCUCAAAGCCACGUAUGAAGCCAUUAAGUUACGCCCAGCUAUUCCUUCUCGCAUUGGAGGCUCCCAGUGGCUUCCUCGUCUACAAACAGCUCUACAAAUUCUCCUUAAAGGUUAUCCUGCAAUUGUUCUACAUCUGAGUAAGACUGAAAGAGAUUCAAGAGCCUCAAACCGGCAGAAGGUCAAAGGCCUUUUACGUGUCCUUCUGAGAAUGGAGAUAGUCAAGUUUUCUCACUUCUUAUUGGAUGUCAUCAAUGUCCUCAACAUUCUGUCACGUGUUACUCUGGAUCGCAACUCUUCCAUUGCAGACAUAUUUGCAACUGUGCAGUCAACGAUGGAAACACUCCACAUGUAUCAAACAAGAGCUGGCCCAAAGGAACGCCUGAUGGAGACCAUUCAGCACUUUCAUGGUUACCAGCUUGUUGGAAAUGGAAAUAUUUCAGCAGUACGAACUAAAGUACUAAGUAAUUUAGUGAAGAGGCUACGUGAUUGUUUUUGCGAUGCAAGUCAAGAUGUUUUGAGAGCAACUACUAUUGGAAGUUUUAAACUAUGGCCUGACAAAAUGAAACAAGAAUUUGGUGAAAAGGAAGUGUCUGUCUUGACUAAGCAUUAUGAAGUCAUACUAGAAGCUGCUAGUGUGAAAAUAGGUGAAGUAGAAACUGAAUGGAGCAUGUUGAAGUUAGAGCUGUAUAACAGAUUUCAGAACAUCCAGACGUUGACAUGGGAUUCAGUGAAUUCAGAUUAUUCAAAGAAGUAUCCUAACAUCCUGACAUUGGUAGAUUUGAUCCUAACUCUGCCGGCAAGCUCAGCUGAAACAGAGCGAGGCUUCAGUCAAAUGAAACUCACCAUGAUGCAUUUGCACUCUAAACUAAGGUCUGAAAGUGUGACAGAUCUUAUGAUAAUUCAGAUGAACUCUCCAGAGAUCAAAAAAUUUGACCCCCAGAAAGCUAUUCAUUUGUGGAAUGCUACUUGGCAGAGAAAUAGAAGACUACAGGGAGGUGAUACGAUGACAAAUGAAAGACCAGAUUACUCCUCUGAGUUUGAUUUGGAGAGUCUCUGUGGAAGUGAAUAG